CAAUUUGGACUACCGAAACCAUCUACGAUUGGGAUCAUAAAAAAAAUGAUUGGCUUCGACUAAAACAGUUUAUUAAUAUUGAUGGUGAUGUGUGGACUUAUAUUGAAAGAUCCAAUUAUGAAAAUGAUAGUUUAUUUAAAAGUAAAUUAGAUGAAUUGGAAGAUCUUGAUCAAGUUUUGGCUAUUAAACAAUUUCGAGAAGCAGAUAAGAUCCAAUCAUCUAACAAGAAUAUGGAUCAGGUUUUAGUUGAUCAUCCUGAAGCUCAUUUUACAAGUCAACCUCUUAGUGCUCUAUCAUAUAAAUACAAAAGUUAUAUGACAAGUAUCUUCGAGAAAAACAAAAUAACAGUUGAAACCAACAAAAAAUUGUACGAAGAAAAUUCCG